GAACUCGCCGCGGGAGUCGAGGAGCGACGAGGAAGACCGCGGGUCGGACGAGAACGAGAACGACAACGAGCACGUCCCUGGAUUGUCCUCAUCAACGUUUACCGUGUUUAACCAUGCCAACGAUCGUAUCUUCACGAGGUAGCUCUUUCCGCGUACGGUUCCCGUCCUGCUCAUUGAGCAUUUUUCGCUGCCGUGCCAAGCCAGCGUUGAGGGCCAUUGCUCAAGCCCCGCGUGACAACCGCUGAGGCGCCGCUGCCACCGGCGGCGCACGCACCGGCGGUGCGCUCGAUGAGUGCGGCCGGGGGGGGCCCUGCGAUGCGAACGACGGUAGCUUGAGACAGUGGGGAGUGCGCUUAGGUGCGAUGGGGGGUGUGGGGCCCACACGUAUCGACGAAGACGGGGACGAUACCGGAGUGCUUGACGCGUGGCAUAUUGAUGACCUGGAGGGAGAGAAAGAAGAAGAGGAUGAGCAACAGGGGGAGGAGGAGGAGGGCGGUAGGGCGAUGGAGGAAGGGGAUUUGGAGGAGGUAGCGGAGAUGGAGGAAGUGAUCGAUGACGAGGCUGACAAUAUCGCGUACGAGUCCGACGAGGAGGAAGACGAGGAGGAGGAGGAGGCGGGCGAAGAGGGGGGUGCGAGCGAAAGGGGCGAGGGAGCGGAAAUGAGGAGAGAGAGGAGAGAGUCAGAGGAGGAGGAAGAGGAGGAGGAAGAGGAAGAGGAAGAGGAGGAGGAAGAGGGGAUUCGGAGGAGGAUUCGGAUUGGGCGCCGGAGACGAGCAGCGCGCACGGGGACACGGGGGACGAGGGGGAGGGGCGAGGGGAGGAGGUGCAAGGGGGUGAGUCAGGCACGCAGGAGAGGGGCGCUUUACAGGCGGGAGCAGAGGCGAGCGCGGAGAGAGCGGGGGGAGCGGCGGGGUUGGGAAGGGAAGCAGCGGCAAGAGGCGCGUUGCCGCACACAGGGGGCUGACGAGGACAGCAGCGAUGGGGGAAGGGGAGGGGGGUCGGCGCGGGCGGCGUUGUUUGGAGCGAGCAUGGACGAGAUCUGGGAGGCGGCCACGACACCAUCGCGCAAGAGAAGGAAGAUGGUCCCUGCGCAAGCGCGGGCGCCCCAAGGGCUCAUCUCGGCUGUCGCCGGCGUGGUGUCGAAGCUGGGGGAUGCGAAUCUGAUGUACGCCAUGGGGCGGUACAGCGAGCUGCGAGAAGGAAGGCGAGAAGGAAGGCGAGAAGGAAGGCGAGAAGGAAGGCGAGAAGGAAGGCGAGAAGGAAGGCGAGAAGGAAGGCGAGAAGGAAGGCGAGAAGGAAGGCGAGAAGGAAGGCGAGAAGGAAGGCGAGAAGGAAGGCGAGAAGGAAGGCGAGAAGGAAGGCGAGAAGGAAGGCGAAGGAGAAAGGAAGGAGAAGGAAGGCGAGAAGGAAGGCGAGAAGGAAGGCGAGAAGGAAGGCGAGAAGGAAGGCGAGAAGGAAGGCGAGAAGGAAGGCGAGAAGGAAGGCGAGAAGGAAGGCGAGAAGGAAGGCGAGAAGGAAGGCGAGAAGAAGGCGAGAAGGAAGGCGAGAAGGAAGGCGAGAAGGAAGGCGAGAAGGAAGGCGAGAAGGAAGGCGAGAAGGAAGGCGAGAAGGAAGGCGAGAAGGAAGGCGAGAAGGAAGGCGAGAAGGAAGGCGAGAAGGAAGGCGAGAAGGAAGGCGAGAAGGAAGGCGAGAAGGAAGGCGAGAAGGAAGGCGAGAAGGAAGGCGAGAAGGAAGGCGAGAAGGAAGGCGAGAAGGAAGGCGAGAAGGAAGGCGAGAAGGAAGGCGAGAAGGAAGGCGAGAAGGAAGGCGAGAAGGAAGGCGAGAAGGAAGGCGAGAAGGAAGGCGAGAAGGAAGGCGAGAAGGAAGGCGAGAAGGAAGGCGAGAAGGAAGGCGAGAAGGAAGGCGAGAAGGAAGGCGAGAAGGAAGGCGAGAAGGAAGGCGAGAAGGAAGGCGAGAAGGAAGGCGAGAAGGAAGGCGAGAAGGAAGGCGAGAAGGAAGGCGAGAAGGAAGGCGAGAAGGAAGGCGAGAAGGAAGGCGAGAAGGAAGGCGAGAAGGAAGGCGAGAAGGAAGGCGAGAAGGAAGGCGAGAAGGAAGGCGAGAAGGAAGGCGAGAAGGAAGGCGAGAAGGAAGGCGAGAAGGAAGGCGAGAAGGAAGGCGAGAAGGAAGGCGAGAAGGAAGGCGAGAAGGAAGGCGAGAAGGAAGGCGAGAAGGAAGGCGAGAAGGAAGGCGAGAAGGAAGGCGAGAAGGAAGGCGAGAAGGAAGGCGAGAAGGAAGGCGAGAAGGAAGGCGAGAAGGAAGGCGAGAAGGAAGGCGAGAAGGAAGGCGAGAAGGAAGGCGAGAAGGAAGGCGAGAAGGAAGGCGAGAAGGAAGGCGAGAAGGAAGGCGAGAAGGAAGGCGAGAAGGAAGGCGAGAAGGAAGGCGAGAAGGAAGGCGAGAAGGAAGGCGAGAAGGAAGGCGAGAAGGAAGGCGAGAAGGAAGGCGAGAAGGAAGGCGAGAAGGAAGGCGAGAAGGAAGGCGAGAAGGAAGGCGAGAAGGAAGGCGAGAAGGAAGGCGAGAAGGAAGGCGAGAAGGAAGGCGAGAAGGAAGGCGAGAAGGAAGCGAGAAGGAAGGCGAGAAGGAAGGCGAGAAGGAAGGCGAGAAGGAAGGCGAGAAGGAAGGCGAGAAGGAAGGCGAGAAGGAAGGCGAGAAGGAAGGCGAGAAGGAAGGCGAGAAGGAAGGCGAGAAGGAAGGCGAGAAGGAAGGCGAGAAGGAAGGCGAGAAGGCGUAGGCGAAGGGAAAUCCCGGAGGAAGGCGCCAUUCCGCUCCUGGAGGCCGUGAUCCGCGAGGCCCCCUCCGUGCCCGACAGCUACCAGACGCUGGCGCUGGUGUACGAGGCGUUGGGCGAGCGGCGGCGCGCCGUGAACCUGAGCAUGAUCGCGGCGCACCUCACCCCGCAGGACACCGCCUUGUGGCGCCGCCUGGCCGCCUGGUCGCUCGAGCUGGGCAACCCCUCUCAGUCCCUCUACUGCCUCUCCAAGAUGUAUCACCGCAUCGACCAAUCAGACAAGGCCAUCGAGGUCCUCCAGUCCCUGCUCUCCUCCUCCGCGCCUCCCAGCACCUCCUCCCCCUGCCCCGCGCCCCCGGUCGACCUCACGGCGGUCAACAUUUUAGCGGAGCUGCACAUGGCCAAGCAGAACUUUCGGGAAGCUCUGAGUAUGGUGGAGAGCGCGCGCGCAUCGCUGUGUAGUGGGGAGGCCCUGCCGGUGGACCUGGGCGCCAAGGCGGGCGUGUGCCUCGUCAGACUGGGGCGCUUCCGGGAGGCCGAGCCGUACCUCACGGCCCUGCAGCAGGAGAGAGAUCUUCGACAAGCUAGAAGGCGCGGUCAUAUUCUCGACUUUAGAUAUGCGACAGGGAUUCAAUCAGAUAGCAUAAAAGAAGGAGACAAAGGCAAGACGGCCUUCCAUGGAGCUGACGGCCUGUACGAAUGGAACGUGAUGCCGUUUGGGCUGAGGAACGCAUCAGCCGUGUUCCAGAGAGUCAUGGAUCAAGUGCUGAAGACAGUGCCAGCAGCAGCGUGCUACAUAGAUGACGUAGUGAUUUUCAGCAAAGCGAAGAAGAGCAUGCUGAACACCUGAAGACAACGCUAGAUGCUAUAGCGC